AUGGCAACUGGGGCAAAGGUCUUGCCGCCGGCCGAGAGAGAUAUUCUGGAGAUGCAGGCCCCUGAUUUCCGCACACGACUGGACUUUGCCGAGACCGCCAACGUUAUCUUCCCAUUGUCUAAAGAGGCUGCUGUUCUCUUGGCGCAAUUCUCGGGAGAGAAUUUCAAAGAUGAGCCAAGUGAGAAUAACGAAGGACUCGUCGUUUCGUUGGAGAGACUCAUUUGGGAAUCGCCGAAGUUGUGGGAGAGCCCCAUUAGAGGUGUUGUGGUUAAGUGCAACGACGAAAUUGUUGCCAAAGUUAUUGUGGGGACUAAGGAUUACAUGGAAUACACGAGCAUGCAAUUCCUUGCUGAGCGAGCGCCUGAUAUGCCUGUCCCAAGGCCCCAUGGCUUGAUUGCUUUUGGUUCAUUUCGCGUUAUCUUAAUGUCCUACAUCCCAGACACAACGUUGACCAGAGUAUGGCCCAGUCUGUCACACGAAGCAAAGGUAUCAUUUCAAGAGCAGUUGGAAGUCAUAUUCUGCCGAUUAAGGUCACUUCGACAGAAUGAGGGGAAAGUUCUUGGGGGAGUUUGCGGAGAAGGGGCCAAGGAACUUCGCGUGGACGAAUGCACCUCGUUUAAAGGCAUCACCACAACCAAGGAGUUCAGCGACUUGCAGUUCUCUGCUCGCCACCAUGGCAGCAACACCUACAGCAUGCUGCUUCGCUCUCUUUUGGACCAUGACGAUUGUGAUAUGCCACCUGGGUCAGUUUUCACUCACGGUGAUGUUAGGACUGACAACAUCAUGGUGGCAAGGGAUCCCAAUAUCAAUGGCCAUUAUACUGUUACUGGAAUCAUCGAUUGGGAGGUUAGUGGAUUUUAUCCGGCGUACUACGAAUGCGCUACCCUAACACGCACCCUCAGCCUGGUGGAUGAACAAGACUGGUACCUCUACUUACCACAGAGCAUCGCACCAUCAAAGUUUCCUAUACGAUGGCUAGUUGAUCGGCUUUGGGGGAUCCAUGUCAGGUUUACAUAG